AAGAACUUUACACCGGUACAGCCGCCCAUUCCAUGUGCAUCAUUUAUUUGCGUCUCCUUCCAGCUUAGCUCCCUCCAUAUCCCUUUGCCUUCUCUUCCCCACAUCAUCAUCAUCACCCGUCCACAGGUGCGGAUAGACCGACUCGGCGAUGGAGCCCCCGCCUGCUCAGUCCAUGUCUGCGACCGACGACCUCCACGACAAGAGCCUCGACGGAUGCUGUUCUUGCUGCUACGACUGCUGCUCCAGCAUCCUGGACUUCCUUUGCUGCGCUUGAUGCUGCUCCUCCUCCUGCCGUUCCCUGGCUUCCGGCGGAAGCGCGCCGAGAUGCCUGACUAAAUAUUUAUAGUCUUUUUUAUUGAGUUGAAUAUUUAUAGUCUGUAAGGAGAUUUAUGGAUCAACUGCUGUAGUGUGUUGACUUAUCUUCCGCUAAAGUAGUCGUGCAAUUUCAUGUAGCAAAUUUGCCGAAAUUCUGUUUUUUUUAAAACUCAAUACUUUGCAUUAAA